CCUACUAUCAGCACGUGAUUCACAUGCCCGACGGACUUAUCGGGCUACGGUACCUAAUUAACCUGCUCAUGGAAAUGAAAAGCAACCCUUUCAACCGUUCAACUUCAUUCCGAUCCAUCCUUCUCAACGCUUACUCACGUAUACGCGUACUCCGUACACAAACAAACACCACCACCCCCCGAAUCGCCUCUCCUUCUAUCUUAUACCUAUAUAGGUAUCCAGAAUCUAUCGUUACCUCCAGUUCGAAAUGAGCGCAUCCUCCAAAGCUGCCCAGAGGGCGGUGCUCAUAAACCCCUUCGCCGGGAGGACAGCGGCUCGGCCCGGCCUUUCACUUCCAUCAGCUUACCUCGGACGGCAGAACCGACAAUUACCCUCAGAUCUUAUGACGCGAGCCCUUCUAAUCCCUAUUCGAAGCAUAUCAACCGAAAGGCAUUCAGUUGGCCCGCAUAAUGGACCGCCUCCCGGAUUCAAUGCAGAGCAAGCGAAGAAACCUCUCCCCAAAACAGAGACAUCUACCAAAAAGGUCUCUGAGCCUAAGACAGAGCCCGCCAAGGAUGCCGCUGCAGCAAAGGCUACACAACCCUCCGCUGAGCCCAAGACUUUGACCGAGUUGGCUGCGAAGAAGGAUGCGGAAGUCGAGAAGCAGGAGGAAAAACAGGAGAAAAAGUUGACACUGGGACAAAAGAUAAAGCAUGAGCUCCAGCAUUACUGGGAUGGCACAAAACUUCUAGCUACAGAAGUGAAGAUCAGCAGCAAGUUAGCACUGAAGAUGGCCGCCGGCUACGAACUUACCCGACGAGAGAACCGACAACUUCAGAGGACAGUCCAGGACCUUGGUCGUCUCGUGCCAUUCUCGGUUUUCGUCAUCGUUCCCUUUGCCGAGGCCCUUCUGCCUAUCGCCUUGAAGCUAUUCCCCAACCUCCUCCCGAGCACAUACGAAGCUCAACAAUCCAAAGACAAGAAAGCCGCGACAUUACGGGCAACCCGUAAGGAGGUCAGUUCCUUCCUUCGCGACACCAUGAAAGAGACUGGAUUGCCUUUGUCGCCUAGCACGACACAGAAGGAGGAGUUCGCUACGUUCUUCCGAAAAUUGCGCGCUACCGGAGAGCAGCCAAGCACGGACGACGUCAUCAAAGUCUGCAAGGCUUUCAGGGAUGACCUAACCCUUGACAACCUGUCGAGGCCUCAGUUGGUGUCUAUGUGCCGUUACAUGAACUUGAACACGUUCGGCACGGAUAUCAUGCUCCGAUAUCAGAUUCGUCAUAGAAUGCGACAAAUCAAGAGGGACGACAAGGCGAUUAGCUUCGAGGGUGUUGACAGCCUCAACGUCGCUGAGUUGCAGACGGCAUGCGCUAGCCGAGGUAUCAAGACGCACACAGUAUCUCCUGCCAGGCUACGGGAGGACCUCCAAUCUUGGUUGGAUCUGCGAUUGAAGCAUGGCGUCCCUUCAACACUGCUCGUGCUAAGUAGCGCUUAUAUGUACGGCCAAAAGACCGAGGGCGGAUUCCACAGUCAGAUCGAGGCUUUGACCGGUGUGCUGUCGUCUAUUCCUGAAGAGCUCUACCACGAGAUCGAACUCGAGGUGCACAACGCUGAGGGUGCCGCGACCAACAAACAGCGACUCGAAGUCCUCAAGGAACAGCAAGAUCUGAUCGAGGAAGAGAACGAGCAGAACCAAGAAAACCAGGACACCGGUCUCGCCACACCUAAGGAUGUGGAUAAUAUCGAUGAGAAGGAUGACAGGACUGCUUUAGCCGCUGAGCAAGGUCUCGAAAAGGAGGUGGUGGGCGAGGCUGUUGAUGCCGAGGCUGACCAGAUUCAAGCCAAGGACGCACAACCCGAACAGAAGAAGGUCGAGGAAGCGAAGAAGAACGAGAACUAAAAGGCGCCGGCAUAGCCUAUCAAAGUACCUACGUAACUAAGAUAGAGGGGCGGCAAGCGAUAAAGAGAUAAAAAAAAAGGAAAGUGUACGAAAUGAACACACCAGACUCAAACAUUAACUGCCUACCUAAUCUACCGCUUCUCUUUUGUUUAAAAAAAAAACACAACCUACCUAUACCUAACUACAUACAUACAUGUAACAGCCAUGUAUUAUUCCAAUUGGGCAACACGGCCUAGAUUGCCAGUGUAUCACAAAGCGAUUAAGAGAGAGGGUGGUGUUUGUCGGAUAGGGG